AUGGGGAAAUCCAGAGCUGCUGCUCCUAAAAGAACCGAGACCAAGUUAAAGACCAAAAGUGCUGGAGCGAGUAAGAGGACAUCGAAGAAGGCUGGAAAGGAUCCAAACAAGCCAAAGAGACCUGCGAGCGCCUUCUUCGUUUUCAUGGAGGAUUUCCGAGAGAAGUACAAGAAGGAACAUCCUAACAACAAAUCUGUCGCUGCUGUCGGAAAGGCUGGUGGUGACAAAUGGAAAUCUUUGUCAGAUGCUGAGAAAGCUCCCUACGUAGCCAAGGCAGAGAAGAGGAAGACUGAAUAUAACAAGACCAUGCAGGCCUACAACAAGAGUAUUGCUGAGGGAGGCAAUGGGGCAGAGGAGGAAGAAUCUGAUAAGUCCAAGUCUGAGGUGAAUAACGAAGAAGAAGAAGAUGAUGAGAGUGCAGAGGAUGAAGAUGAUGACGAGUAG